AUACGUACUACUCGGCCCUGCCACCAGUCCAUACACCACCACCACCUUCCUUGCUCCCGUCCCAAGUGAGCAAAGCAAACACUCGAUCACCUCGAUGGCGGCUCUGCGGCGGUGCUCCGGGCUUCUGCUGGCGGCGGUGGCGCUGGCGCUGGCGGCGGGGAUGGCGGCAGCGCAGGGGCCGGCCGGCGCGCCGGCGCCGGCGGCCGGGAUCAGCUCGGAGUGCAUGACCGCGGUGCUCAACAUGUCGGACUGCCUGCCGUACGUGGAGAGCGGGAGCAAGACGCGGCACCCGGACAAGGCCUGCUGCCCGGAGCUGGACGGCCUGCUGCAGUCCAACCCCGUCUGCCUCUGCCAGCUGCUCGCCGGCGGCGCCGACUCCUACGGCAUCAGCGUCGACUACAAGCGCGCCAUGGCGCUGCCCGGCGUCUGCCGCCUCAACGCGCCGCCCCUGAGCGCCUGCGCAGCUUUUGGAGUCCCCGUGGGGCCUUCUUCCGCGCCAUUGACAGGAGUCUCUCCAUCAGCUACAGGGCCACAGAUGCCUGAGAACCCGCCGUCCGGAACGCCGUCCAAGUCCAAGUCCCACGCCCCCGGCCGCCUCACCGGCGGCGGCCUCGUCGCCCUCGCCGCGCUACCGCUGGCGAUCACGGCCGCGGCCAUGUUCUAGGCCAACAAGAGUUCGCGGGCUUGUGGGUCUCACACGUUUGGCCCGAUGAGAUCACAUUCUUCUCCAUUCUUGCCGGACGCUCUCUAUUGCUGCACACGAGAGAUUAUUCUGGUUAAUCCGCUCCUUUGUUAGUACAAUUCAUUUACCUGUGUGUAAUUCGCUCGCUAGAGAUGGUCGACAUUCUGUGUAUUGCGUAGUUUGUGUUGUUGCUGCCCUUAAUUCUUUUCGCCAUGUGUUGCUUCCUCCUAUAGACCAAAGCAUAUACUAUUAUCGUUGAUUCUCGUA